AUGUUUUCACUUGGAUAUAAGGUAUGUUCUCAAACAAAAAUAACUGUUGUCCCUCUAAAAGUUUACUUCAUGCUAAGCCAUCGGUUAGUGUAAACACUGCUGUGCAAGUCGGAGGUGUUUACGCCACAGACAAGCUUCGAAGAAUUGAACUUUACCGUGAAGAGGUUUCAAAUAAAAAACAGCUGUAUAUCUGUAUAUUAAGUGCACUUAUAAUAGGAAGUCUGUGAAACAUUUCCUCUUCGUUUGAAUCCAUUCGGCCAAGUCUCUUGUCGGUUGGGAGUGUCAGCACAUUUGUCUUCCGUUCUUUGAGACAGCACUGCUCAGGUUUUUUUAUUUAAUGACCGCAUGAGAAAAUAAACCAACUGACAUUCGGCUUCUGUCUUAAUAAAGACUACUUUCAGCAAUAUACUUGUAUUUAGCAGCCGCUAAAAAGUAGAAACGAAACGGCAAAUUCGAACCACUUUCUUUGAAUACAUUGCAUUGGCUUUUAAACUAGUUUAAAUUGUUCUAAUUAUUUUUUUUUUCGAAAGGAGCAAAGAUAUAUGCAUGGCUUUUAGUGAAUAGUUAUGAAACGUGUCAAAAGUGUCACUUGAAGGAGAAAAAAUUGCUAGCCAUCUAUGUAAUACUAAUUUGUAAUACUCAUUUAAGUGAAAGUCCGAAUAAUGUUUUUUUAAUCGUCUUAUUUUCAUCAGAUUUUAUUGUGGUUAUUUGCCGUUCCACUGAUUUUCAUAGGUCAACGUUCUGCAAGUGCAAGUAAGUAUCAAUAUUAAGGUGCUUUUAGGAUCCAAAUGGCUACUCUUUGAGAGUGUGCUAACCUUAGUGUGUCGGCAUACAAUUUGCACUGCACAACGGGAGGAAAAAAAAAGUCACCACAAACCAACUUAACAACGGUGUAAUAUAACUGUUAUGAACGUAAGAGAUAAUGAGAUUGUAGGUAAAUACACUUUACAAAUAAACUUUAAGAUGUAUUACGUGAGAGAUCAUGCGUGCAAGACAUUAACUAAAGGAAGUAUAACCUUGAUGUGAAAAAAUAGAAUACAGUGAUGAAGCACCAAUAAUGGGAUUAAGCAUUCAGGCUAAAGAACUCAUUGUAGGUGCGGUAUUGUGUUGAAACGUGGUCUGAAACGUUUGUUUACUCUUAAAACCAAAGAAAAACAAGAUUUUUUGAGUCGAUAAUUUGUAAUACAUCGGAAUUUCUCAUUUCAUGUUUGUUUUCAGUCAUAUUUUUAUCGCAUCGUAUCGUUCAUUUAAAAACUGAAAGUGAACGCAAGGAAAAAUAGGAGACGGCUAGGGAUAAUUUAGCAGCAUUACAAAGUACCCACGUCUUGGUUAUCAGCGUUUCCGUUGUAUAUACCGACGCAUACGCGAGUUUAAAGACAGGUUACAAGUAAAAAUUCAGUGGUUAUUACUUGGAUCCAAAUAAUACAGGGGCACCCAACGAGAAUAUAGUUCAAAACCACUUAAACAUAGCACUGUUAAACGUAUUUUAGUAUUUAAACAGUAGAUAUAGGCAUAUUUUUAUCCCCUAAAAAUUUUUCAUCUGUUCGGAUUUCCUAGCUGAAAGCCUAGUGAUGCGAAUAUUAUAGGGAUCAAACCUUACCUUUUCGAAAAUUUCAGCCAGAAAAAAGGCUCCCGAAAAUUCUAGGUGACCUUUUUAGGGUAAAAAUCCGUUAAAAAUAGGCAAUUAUACCAUUUUUUGGAUGUUCGAAAAUCAUAGGAGAGGCAGGCAAGCAAGAAAUUUUACAACAAAUGUUCCGAAAAUUCUAGAUCUAAAAUCGUCUUCCGAACAGAUAUUCUUCCGAAAAUUGUCGUUGGGUGCCCCUGAUAAUAAUGUAUCUGUUGUUUUAUAGACAUGUAAUUGAGAAGCGUCUAGGUCUUGCUAAUCCAGAUAAAAAUCAGCUUAACGUCACGUUCAGCCUACUCUGCAAGCUCGUUCUAAUUUAGCUUUUGCAUCUGACUUUAGCUUUUAUCAUGUUACUGGGAGCCACCAUUACUCUAUACGAUUAGGUCCAUGGGGUGACUCUCAAAUAUAAGGUCUAUUUGUGUGAUAUUAUACUAACGUACAUAUUGUUUCUAAGCAUCAGAAUGUAGCAGCGAAUUUGGAAUGCAAGACAAAAGAAUCCCAGAUAAUAGUAUUACGUCAUCGUCUGAGCUAAGCGCCAAUCACGCACCUGCAUUUGCUCGGCUGGAUGGACCGAGAGCCUGGUGCUCAGCUCCGGGAGAUAAAUCACCGUAUAUACAAAUUUCUUGGGACGAAGAAAACCUUAUAACAGCGAUAAAAACCCAGGGAAGUUCACGCGAUUCUAGUUGGGCCAGAAAUUUUGAAGUUACAUACUCGAGAGACGAAAAAUGGACAUCGUACGGAAAGGUAACUUUUUCUGAAAGCUAACAGUGAUGUUUUUACAGCAUUAUAAAGUUACUGUCGACGUACAAACAAAACCACUCUUUUUUUCAUAAUGACUACUUUGUCAUUACCAUUCACAUUGAAGGGAACAAAACGCAAGCAAAUGGCGAAACGAUAUGAUAAUCACCAUUACGGUGUUGAUGCUUGCGGUUUAGAUUUCUGACAUCUCGUUGGCUCUUUUCGGAACAUAACAACAUUCUUUACAUAUAUCUUGUAUUCUGUUCCCGUGGAGCCUAAACUACUACUGCGUUUAAACACACAAACCCAAAACUGAGAAAAUAUCGCGACCACGGUGUCACUUGCAAAUAUUUGAUGACACAUUACAAAUACAUUCAUUAUUACAAAUUUUAUCACUAUUAAAAACAAAGCUCCAUAAUUUUCUUUGCUAACAUAGCUAUUACUGAGCUAGGAAUAUAAACAUAGACCUUUUUUUCUGUUUACAGCCACUUAAAGGUAAUCGAAACAGCAGAUCCUUGAAAAAGAAUGUCUUCAAGCCACCAAUUAGGACACGAUCAAUCAGGAUAUACCCAAAAGACCCGUUUAGGUUUUUGAUGGUUCCUGUCGUUCCUUGUCUUAGAUUGGAGCUCUAUGGAUGUUCUACUCCAGGUAGGUAA